AUGGCUCCACCCAAAAAAGAUGCUUUUGCCGACUUAUUUCACUCUGCGGCUGGUACUUCCAACCUGUCUUUAGACUUGCCGAUGAAAAAUCUUUCUAUGCGUGAUCAGCUGUCCACUUCCAAUGGCCUUAACAUGUCUCGUACUGAUAUCUUAAGUCCUACGAGCUAUCGGUCGCCGCAGGGAUCGAAACCGGCUACUCCUAAGCCAACAGGUAUGCAUGAUUUAGAUCCAUUUUCUAUAUUUGAGAAACCAAGUCCGUCAAAACCAGCAUUAAACACGGUAUCACAAACGCAGAAACCGCAGCAAACAACCGUGAAAGUGGCCCCGCAUGCCAGACACCAACAACCAGAAAUAUCCUUGUUGGAUGACGAAUUUACUGAUGUUUUUGAAACACAGUCAGUUGCUAGUGCGCCAGUGUCAACCAAUACUCGUGAGGACACUUCCCUGCCCCAUCCAACUUUACCUCCGAGACCAAAGGAAAAUACCGCAGAGGAUUCUCGAGAUGAAGUUUUGGCAGGUUUGGUGGAUAUUGGGUUUUCUCUAUCUGUUUCCAACCAAGCAAUUGACGCAGUUGGUGCCGACUUACAAGCAUGUGUCAACCACAUAAUGAGCAAUGGAAAUCGACAAGACCCAACAUCCGGUAGAGGGGACUCAAGAACACCACCUGACUUGUCUGCUACAUUGCAGGACUUCUCUACUGAUUUAUUUAAGCGGGCAACGAAACUUCUAGACAAGUCAAAAAGAACAGUCAUAAAAAACAUCAACCAAUUCCAUGCGAAUCAAGGUAAAAGUGGUUCCGAUGGAUUACCUGCCUGGAUGAUAGAGCAAGACAAAUAUAAGGAAAAUGCCUCGGAACGAAAGAAAGGCGGAGGUGUCUAUGAGGAUUAUGGCGAUGACCGUGAAAACAUCAAUAAAGACGACAUACAACGUAUUAUGCGUGCCCAGAGACAAAGAGAAAAGGAAAGACAACGCGAAAGGCUCGAGAGAAAUGGAAGAGGAUCAACAUCACCUUCACCUAGUCCCGCUACUAAUAAUGUGUCUCGGUCAGAUGCUUCUUCGAAAGGCUCCUCACCAUUUGAAAAGCCGGUGCCGUCGAUCACUCGAGAAGCAAGCGAUUCGCUCCAUGCUAAUGAUAGCCAAAAAUCUGUUUCCAAGGAACAACCGCACGUAAAGCCUCCACCAGAACCUUCUGUCGAUCUUCUUGGUUUAAAUGGAUCGACUACAACGUUUAGUAGAACAGAUGACCUCAAGCAAUCUGGUGGCGAGAGCAUUUAUCAAUCACCAUCUAGAAGAAGGUCGCCAAAUUUCAAUGCUUCUACCAAGGCUCGACUCGCGACUAAUGAAGUGUUGAAUGCCUUUCAGAAAUCAGACUAUGAAACAUUCAAAGCGUCCGCAUCUACCGCAUUUAAUAACGGCAAUUACACGGAAGCUUUCGAGCGCUAUAUGCGGUGUCUAGAGGCUUUACCGGUCAAACAUGAACUACGUAUUGUCAUUCUUUCCAACCUUGCGAUUACAUUAAUUAAGGUAGGGAACUACAAGUCUGCCAAACAGAAUUGCGAUGAUGGAAUUGCUCUUGUUGGUGAGAAUGUUAACGAUGAAGAUUGGGUCAUAAACUCAAAGCCAAUCAAAUACUGGUAUCUUCGUCUUUUAAGCCGCAAAGCAGAAAGCUUGGAAAUGUUGGAAAAUUAUCCCGAAGCUUUAGAAUGCUAUUUGGAGUUAAUCACGAAGCAUAAUGUAAAUGACAAAAAAGUGAUGGAUGCGAAACGGAGAAUCAAUAAUAUAAUCAACCCGCCCAAGAAAGUCGCCAAACUGAAACCAACUGUAACAACUCCAUCAGUGAAGAAGUCCGAGCCAGAGGCGUUAAAGAGAAUCCGGGACCAGCACAGUCAAGAAAAAUUGGAGGAGGAAGAGAAGUUUAGGCUCAGUGACCAAGUGCAUGAAAAAAUCUUCGAGUGGAGCCGUGGCAAAGAAGAUAACUUGAGAAGUUUACUCAUGUCGUUGGCAGAUAUCUUGCCAGCUAGACUCGGCUUCCCAUUCAUUACAGAGAAGAAAUUGACAAUCAACGAUUUGAUGUUGACAAAGAAGGUCAAAAUCCAUUACAUGAAAGUGAUUAGCAGUAUUCAUCCCGAUAAGUUGGGGAAGUUUGACCUUGAAGAUCAGAUGAUCUGCCAGGGCGUCUUCAUUGUAUUGAACAAGGCUUGGGACACCUUCAAAGAGCAAAACAACAUUGUAUAG